AUGUUCGCCGCUAUGUGCACCACUGCCGACAACCCCGGUCUCGAUUGCGGACGACGAUGCGUGGCAGAAGCGGCCGGGCAACCCGAGCACGACACAAAAGUAUGCCUGGCGAUGUCUCUGGAGAAGCAGGCGGCGUCGUGGGUGGCGUACAUGCUCUGGCCCUUCGGUGUGCUUGCACACAUGGACGUCGAACGGUCCAACUAUUGGGGCAAGACUUCGACUCCCGCCACACCGAGCCCGACCGAAGACCCGGUAGAUUAUCGUGCGCAUCUUUUGAGGAAACACGUGAGUACUUCAUGUCCAACGCUCGGCGACCCGAAUGUCCUCACCCAAAAACUCCCCGAGGUGCUCCUCCGAGAUCGUUGGACGUGCUGCUUCACUGGUAUCGUCAACGAUGGUGCACCCGACGAGCUAUCGAGAUGUGCUACUGAGGUAGGAGACGUACUCGCAACGCACAUCUUCAAUGACGCAGUAGCUACCUUUCACGAAGCGUCGGCCGAUGCUCAGAUACUCAACGAAUACUGCCAGAUGGACGGCCUCCUCCAAACUACUCUUGAUAUCAAGGACGAGCCACGAAAUUCAUUUUUGCUGGACGUGCGCCCCCUUGCUGGCUUCGACAAGUUCAAGUGGUGCCUGAAGGCGACAGAGACGCCCCAUAGCUACGAGAUAUGCUACAUGCCGGACGAUCAACGAUACCGGGGGACGCGCGCCUCCCGCCGGCAUAUCACAUUCGAGGAUCACAGCGCCGAGUUCACUGGAUCGUCGGUGUCCAGCGUGGUUGGCAGCCAUGAACGAGGACACCAUGCCACAGGCGUCGAUCUGCCCAGCCCUGAGCUUCUGCGAGUGCACUGUGCGAUCGCGCAUGUGCUGCAUCUCAGUGGCACGGCGCAGCUGUUCCGAGAGCUCUGCACCUCUUCGGGAGAAAGGGAAUACAAGACCGGGGCGGCUGCCCAUGUGGCCCUGACGGGAGCGUCGUUCAUGGCGCAUGUUGUCGAACAAGAUCCCUACCUAGUGAUGGAGCUGCGAGAGUCUCUCGCUGCGACGCUCGAUCAUGCAUGA